AUGGCUCCUGGUCGUCUGGCGUCUCCUAUUGCUAAGGCUCCUGCGCCUCAACCCCUUGUCGAAUCGCAGCGUGCUGAAAACAUCAAGGCCGCUGCAAACGACAUAUACGGACGAUACUAUCCAGCUGAUCCCAAGUCCCUCAACCUGGAGUCCAACUUUGGGCCAAUGGAUCCAGAGAAUGUGGGAUACCUCCAGCCAACCUCCGUUGACACGCCACUGCAGAUUAUGCACGAAAGGUUCCAGCGAGAUGGCUAUUUAUUUGUCAAAGGAUGCAUUUCACAAGAAGCCUCGUUGAAAUGUCGCGAAGCAUACUUCAAUUACAUGGCGCCCAGUGGCCUCUUACAGGAAGGGAGCAACCCCGUCGAUGGUGUAUUUUCACACAAGGACAGCAGAAAGUAUCUGCCACCAGGCAAUCUCCGCCGACUAUUCGGCUUGAAGGACGACGAGGAGAGCGAGAAAUACCUCGAACUGAUGAUAUCCGCCCACGAAGCUCAAUUCUAUCUUGACUUCUGUGCCAACCAAGAGCUUCGCGACUUUAUCAGCCGUUUCACCGGCUGGCAGAAGCCUCACAUGCUUCAGCGCACGAUGUUGCGAGCAUUUGUUCCAAACAGCGAGCUCACACCGGUGCACUUUGACCAGAUGUAUCUCCGUGCUGGCCCACCUACCAGUCUGACAGCGUGGGUACCCAUCGGUGAUGUCUCUCUGGAAGGAGGUGGCCUGAUGUACCUUGAGGGCUCUACCGAUAUAGGACAGCAGACUGAGGCAGACUUUGCACGCAACGCCCAAAACCUGACUGAUGAAGAGCGUGUUAGUGCCUUCAACAAGAAUAUGACUGAUGGUGGGUUCCUCAGUCGGGAUACAGUCGCUUAUGGGAAGGAAAGACGCCGCAGAUGGCUGAUUGCAGAGUACGAGGCCGGGGAUGUCAUUUUCCAUAACCCGUGGAUGGUGCAUGCUAGCUGCAAGAAUAAGGACCCCAAUAGUAAGAUUCGACUCGCUACGGACCUGCGAUUUGUAGAUCCGGAGAAGCCUUAUGACCAGCGGUGGAUGAAAGUUUAUCGCCCUUUGGAUGGGCUGUGAAUCUGUUGAGUAGAGUUAUCUGCAGGG